UUUCCACAGUGGGCUGUUCUCCUCCCCACAGACAUUACUUUGGGCUGUCAGCAGAAGGUUUGGGAUCAGAGAGAGGAGAGCUGCAGAAAAUGACAGCCCGGCAGAGGGAUGUAGCUCACCUAGGGGAAAAGAGCUGCGUUUCUGUAGUGUAAACAGAGCGGAACCGGAUUCCUGAUUUAAUGCACGGGCACUUCCUCACCAGUGAUGAGUUGGCUCCUGUUGUGGAUUCUGACAGCAGCUGGGAUUCAACAGGCCUACUCCUUGAAUUCCACUGCCAUGCCACCUGCCACAUCCGUUUCUUCUCCAACCGCAGACCCGUACAACAGAAAACGGUACUGCAAGUGGCCAUGCGAGUGUCCUGAGGUGGCUCCCAAGUGUCCGGCAGGUGUGAGUCUAAUUUUGGAUGGCUGCGACUGCUGCAAGGCCUGUGCCAAGCAGGUUGGGGAGGAGUGCAACGAGGCAGAUACCUGUGACUAUCACAAGGGGCUGUACUGCGACUACAGCUCGGACAAGCCUAGGUACGAAAAAGGAGUGUGUGCAUAUAUGACGGGAACAGGCUGUGAGUAUGACGGUGUGCUCUACCGAAACGGUCAGAGCUUCAAGCCCAGCUGUAAAUACCAGUGUGUGUGCGUGAACGGCGCCAUCGGCUGUGUGUCCCAAUGCUCAGAGUCCCAGCCACCCAGAGUUUGGUGCCAGAGCCCACGGAGAGUCAAAAUUCGGGGGCAGUGCUGUGAACAGUGGAUCUGUGAUGAACCAAGGAGAGGGCGGAAGACAGCACCAAGGCACGCAGUUGAGGUUUUCCCAACUGAGAGCAGGAGCUGGCACAAGAACUGCAUCACUCAGACCACUUCAUGGAGCCCCUGCUCUAAAACCUGCGGUCGUGGCCUUUCAUUGAGGAUCUCCAAUGCAAAUGAUCAAUGUGAGCUCAUCCAGGAGACCCGCUUGUGCAAUCUGAGGCCAUGUGAGGCAGACAUAAUCCAACAUAUCAAGCCAGGAAAAAAGUGUUUGAAUAUCUACAGGGAGGAGCAGUCCUCAAACCUCACUAUUUCUGGCUGCACCAGCAAGAAGCAGUACCGGCCCAAAUACUGUGGCGUUUGCACAGACGAGCGCUGCUGCAUCCCGUACAAGUCGAAGACGGUCGACGUGGAGUUCGAGUGUCCAAACGGGACCGGGUUCACCUGGAAGAUGAUGUGGAUCCAGGCUUGCUUCUGCAACCUCAGCUGCAGAAAUCCCAAUGACAUCUUUGCAGAGCUGGAGAACUACUAUGGUUACCCGGAGGUCAUGAGCUAAAAUGAAGCAUAAUAGCAAAUAAGGCUUGGGUUUUUUAUUCUGUUUUAGAGAAACUUUGCAUUAUUAAUGUGCAAGGUAUUUUUUUAUUAUUGGAAAAUUGUAAAUAUGGAAUAUGUCUCUAAGAUGCAUUCAUGUAGUGAGAAUAUUUGAAGAGGUAAUAAAAAAGCCUAUAUUUAAAGUUUAAUUUAUUCUUUUUAUAUUUUCUGCUUGGCAGCAUGUUUUGCUUUUAACUAUCUUGGAUUGUUCCCUGCUUUAAAGCAACAGUACAUACUUUCCUUAGUAUCAAUAUCUACUGCCUUGCUUAUUUAAGCCUCUUUAAUUGUGUCACGUUUUGACAGGAUACAAGAGCAAAUUCUGUUGUAUCUACUGUGAAUGUAUAUCAAUGAUUGGAAAGAAAAUUUUUUAUUUAAAAUCUAUUAAUUGCA